AUGAAGAAGGAGAAAAGUGUUCAGCUUCACCGAGUAAUAGGAUAUUUCCAUGGAACCAUUUUUUUAGUCAGUAUGAUUAUAGGUGCAGGAAUAUUUGUUUCUCCUAGAGGGGUAUUAAAGUAUUCCUCCCUCAAUGUGGGGGUCUCCCUAAUCAUAUGGGCUGUCUGUGCUCUGGUAACAGUGGUCACAGCUCUCAGUGUUGCAGAGCUGGGGACCACCUUCCCUAAAAGUGGAGCACUGUAUUAUUGCCUCAAGAGAUCUCUUGGACCCUUUAUUGCCUUCUUAUUUCUCUGGGUCGAACUAUUUAAUAAUCCAGCAAGUAUUGCUACCCGUAGCUUGUUUUUAGCAGGGUAUGUUAUCCAGCCUUUCUAUAGUGGAUGUAGUGUUCCUGAGGUGCCAAAGAAGUGUUUAGCUUUGGCUAUUUUGUUGUGUUUGGGAAUUCUAAACAUUCGAGGAGUGAAAGAUGUGACUUGGUUUCAAACUACUGCUACAGUUGUGAAAAUGACAAUUCUCUGCAUCAUAUCUGUAACUGGAAUCAUGCUGUUAGUAAGAGGAAGAAAGGAGAACACAGCCAGGUUUGAGAAUGCCUUUGAUGCCGAAGUUCCAGAUGCCCUACAAGUUACAGAAGCGUUCUUCCAAGGACUUUAUGCAUAUUCAGGCUGGGCAAUCAUUACUAAUAUAGCAGGGGAGUUGAAAAACCCAACUAAAAACAUACCUAAAUGUGUUGUUACUUCACUUACCAUUGUGUCACUGAUCUACUUAUUGGUUAACAUUUCCUACCUAGCCGUGUUGACACCAGAGGAAAUCGUGUUCUCAGAUGCUGUUGCUGUGACCUGGAUGGAUAAAGUAAUCCCUUCUCUGCAAUGGGCUGUUUCAAUUGGUGUUUCAGCUUCCAUAUUCAGUUCUCUUAACUGUUCGAUAUUUUCAGUAUCAAGAAUACUUUUUGCUGCAAGUCAGGAGGGCCAGCUGCCUUUGAUCUACUCAACUCUCAAUAUGCACUCCUGUCCAGCGGUAGCUGUGAUUCACGUUCUCAUCUCUGCCUCCAUUAUGAUUUUCCCUUCAGAUGUACUCGUUUUAAUAAACUAUGUGGGAUUCACAAUGUGGCUUCAAAUUGGGUUCCUGAUGGUAGGCUUACUUAAACUGAGAUUCCUGGAGCCCAAUCUACCCAGACCUUACAAGGUGUGUUUACCAUUUGUAUUUGGAACCAUAGCCAUCUCUUUGUUUUUAGUUUUGACACCAGUGAUCAAGUCUCCAAAUAUGCAUCAUAUCUAUCCUUAUCUUCCUUGUCCAUCUCCUUGGUCUACUUCUUGGGCUGUUUCAGGGGCUUCUUACCACCUUUGCUGCCAGAUAUGGCGCCAGCCGCCCUUUCCUGAGACCUCUUCAUUUGCAUUCUUCUAG